AUGCUACGGCAGCGCAUCGCGUCAACUCUGCUCCGCGCCGAGCAGGCGUCCGCCACGAGCCGCCCGUGCCUGCGCAACCGACACGCCCAGCAGAAGCGCUGGAACACGCCAGCGCCCAAAGCCGGCGACGGGCCUCUGAUGGCUCGGCGCGCCGACCGCGAGCUACCCGACAUUUCCCAAGUCGGUUUCCGCUGGGGCCGGACGCUGCCGCUGUUCGCCGCACUCGUGGCAGCGUCGUCGCUCGCCAUUUUCAACUACCAAAAGUCGUCGUCGCCCGUCAUCGCGUCGACGCUGUACGCGCUGCGCACGUCGCCGACGGCGCGCGCCGCGCUCGGCGACGAAAUCUACUUCAAGCACCAGAUCCCGUGGAUCGGCGGCGAGAUGAACCAGAUGCAGGGCCGCAUCGACAUUUCCUUUUCCGUCCGCGGCUCCAAGGGCACCGCCGUCAUGCGCUUCACCAGUCGGCGCCCCAGCAGCCGCGGCCUGUUCGAGACGUCUGAGUGGAGCCUCCGCACAGAGGACGGCGCCUGGAUCGACCUGCUCGAGGAGGGCGACCCGUUUAGGAGCCUGCUCGCCGCACCCGACGACACGACGCUGCCCCCGCCGCUCGACGACGAGGCUGCCCGGAGAGGCUUCCGGCAGCAGGGUGCGCUGAAUAAAUGA